ACGCGGGAAGCGCCAAGAUGGCGGCAGCGGCGACCUGCGGCACCGGCAGCGGGAGUACUGGGUCUAUGGUGGUGGCGGCUAGCAGGAACAACGUCACCAGCUUCCAGCGGAGGGGUCCUAGAGCCAGCGGUACCGACAGCGGCUGCUCUCGACUGGUGUCCAUCGCGGGGACACGACCGUCGGUGCGGAAUGGACAGCUGCUGGUAUCAACCGGGCUCCCAGCCCUGGACCAGCUCCUAGGUGGAGGUUUGGCCGUUGGAACAGUUCUUCUAAUUGAAGAGGACAAAUAUAAUAUUUAUUCUCCUUUGCUCUUCAAGUAUUUCCUGGCAGAAGGAAUUGUCACUGGACAUACUUUGUUAGUUGCAUCUGCAAAAGAAGACCCUGCCGACAUUUUACAGGAACUUCCUGCACCAUUACUUGAUGAUAAUUGUAAAAAAGAAUGUGAUGAAGACAUAUGUAAUCAUAAAACAGAAUCUAACAUUAAGAUGAAAAUAGCUUGGCGUUACCAGUUAUUACCCAAGAUGGAGGCUAGACCGGUAUCAUCUUCAAGAUUUGGUCACUAUUAUGAUGUAUCAAAAAGGAUACCACAAGAACUAAUUGAGGCUUCAAAAUGGCAUGGAUUUUUUCUUCCAGAAAAAAUAUCAUCAACUCUUAAUGUAGAACCCUGUUCUUUGAACCAUGGCUACAUAAAGCUGCUGCAGUUUAUCCAGAACAUCAUUUAUGAGGAAGGAUUUGAUGGAUCCAAUCCCCAGAAAAAACAGAAAAACAUUUUAAGAAUAGGAAUCCAGAAUCUUGGUUCACCUUUGUGGGGAGAUGACAUUUGCUGGACAGAAAACUGUGACAGCAGUCGCAGUCUUACAAAGUUCCUCUAUAUGCUCCGUGGUCUUCUGCGAACCUCUCUUUCAGCCUGUAUCAUCACAGUGCCAACACACCUUAUCCAGAAUAAAGCAAUUAUUGCUCGUGUUACAAACUUGUCAGAUACGGUAGUUGGUCUGGAAUCAUUUAUUGGUUCUGAGAAAGAAACCAACCCAUUAUAUAAGGAUUAUCAUGGUUUGAUUCAUAUACGGCAGAUUCCUCAGCUUAAUAACUUGAUUUAUGAUGUAUCAGAUGUCAAAGACUUAGCUUUUAAAUUAAAAAGGAAGCUAUUCACCAUUGAGCGACUGCAUUUGCCUCCAGACUUGUCAGACACAGUGAGCCGCUCAAGCAAACAGGAUCUGGCAGAAUCCGCCAAGCUGCUGGGCCCAGGCUGUGGCAUGACGGCCCGAGGCAAGAAGCACCUGGACUUCUAGUGAUUCCUCCUUAGUGGUUGACACAGAAUUAUAUGACACUCUAAUUAUGAUUGCUAAUAGCUUAUGUAAAUAUUUUUCUUAACGAUUUGACCUCCAAUCCUUGAAAAACACAGUUAGGAUUGCAAAAUGAGGCCACCAUUCUUCGUUAUUUGAACCAACUUUCUAUACAGAAAUAGUACAGCAGAAAUACUUUCACUUUAAAUUUUGGUUUAUGCUGUAUCUAGAGAAAAUAGAUAAUUUUAUUUUUAAAUAAAAGCAAAUCAAGAUGCCUUACAGUGGUCAUUAGUGUAUGUGUGUUUAAGGCACUCAGUUCAUGGUAAAGUGCAUGUUACAGCAGGUAGCAUA